AUGUCGUUAUCAAGACUCAUGUCACAUAUGCGUCUGGAGUAUGGCUUCCGAGCUACUGAGAAGAUGUAUAAGCUACGAUUCACUGAGUGGAACCUCAAGAAAAACAUGACAAGGGGUCGCAGUGCAGCAUGUAUACUCGACCCUGAGGUCAACCUAACGAAUCUCGACAAGCUCAAAGAAUACUAUCGUAGACAACCGGAGAACAAGCGUCGAGAACUUCUAGAAACUCUUCUGCAACCACUGAUCGGCGAGACACCAAUCAACAGUACUGCCCCACCAGUGUCACUUACACCACCAGCCGAUCUCCUUACCCAAGAAUAUCGCUUCCAUCUCCUCAACACCUACGUUAGAGGGUCAUCAGAGGUUAAUAGGUGGCCUAGGGACGCUAAGAGCGGCUUCAAGAACGAGGACAACGUUCCAGCUUGGUGUAGUUCCGUCAUGUCAGCAUCCCUCGCUUCAAGGGAAGAAAAAGGAGGGCGAAGCAACUAG